AUGCAGCUGAUUCACUGCACCAUGGCUAGGCAACGCCCGGUGAAGCAAUCCCUGAGCGCCUGCAUGUGCCGAGAGUCCCACUGGAAAUGCCUCCUCCUCUCCAUCCUCAUGUACGGCUGCCUGGGUGCAGUGGCCUGGUGUCAGCUGGCCCGGGUCACCAAGCUCAGCUUUGAUAGCUCCUUCAAGGGCAAGUCCAUGAUCUACCAUGACAGCCCGUGUUCAGAUGGCUAUGUCUAUAUCCCGCUGGCCUUCCUCUCUAUGCUGUACGUGGUGUACCUGGUGGAGUGCUGGCACUGCCACGUCAAGAGAGAGCUACAGUACAAGGCAGAUGUGGACAGUGUCUAUGAAUGCAUCAACCGCAUGCAGCAAGCCACUCCAUGCAUCUGGUGGAAGGCCAUCAGCUACCACUUUGUGCGACGAACCCGGCAGGUGACCCGGUACCGCAAUGGCGACGCCUACACCACCACACAAGUCUACCACGAGAGGGUCAACACCCACGUGGCUGAAGCUGAGUUUGACUACUCUCACUGUGGAUACAAGGACAUCUCCAAGGAACUUCUGGGUCUGGAGAGCUACACAGCCACCAAGCUGAGGUUCACCAAGUGCUUCAGCUUUGCCAAUAUUGAGUCUGAGAACUCUUACCUGACUCAGAGGGCUCACUUCUUCACGGAGAUCGAGGGGCUGGAUGACUACAUGGAGGUGAGGGAAGGCAUGCAGCUCAAAAAUGUGGACUUUAAAGAGCUUAUGAUGGCCUACGGCGACCCGGAUCACCUCCCAUGGUAUGUGUCCCACUAUGCUUUCUGGGUGGCAGCUAUCCUGAUGAUCUCGUGGCCACUCAGGGUGCUCAUAGAGUAUCGGACUGCUUAUGUCCACUACCACGUGGAGAAGCUGCUGGGCCUGGAGUACACGGCGCCCAUGGCCACAGAGGAGCCCUUGUACCGGUACCGCAUGCCCCGAGACGCCACACAGGACAGCACCGAGCUGGAGUGGCACAUCUGCACCAACCGGCAGCUGAUCCCCAGCUACUCAGAGGCCAUGCUCAUGGACCUGGCCAACUCUCCGGCCUACAACAGCUACGCGGUGUGCCGGUACGGCGAAACGGCCCACGGCUGCGAGCGCUGCAACCGUGCCUCCAGCACCUCCUCCAUCUUCUCCCGCCACGCUUUCCACAGCUGCAGCGGCAACUCCCGCCUCUCCCUCAACACCAGCCGCUUCUCCCUCUGCCGUGUCCAUGGCUCCCACAGGACAGGCCUCUGGAGGAGCCGCAGCAGCAGCAUCGCGGAGCGGGGCUGCCAGGACGAGCAGUGCUGCUCCUACUCCAGCCAGCUGGCCGUCAAUGAAAACCCCCCCACCUACCACGACGCCCGCUUCUUCCCUGUCCUGAUUGUGCACAGGCCGGAGGGGCACGAGGGGCGGCAUUUCUACGUCAGGCGUUCCUCCUGCCUAGAAACCUCUCUGUGACAGGCCUCCAUGGCUUCUCUGCCCCGGGACAGGGCUUGCGGAGGUGCUGCCGGUGGGGAGCCUGCCAGCGUCCGUCCCCACACCAGGUCAGCAGGACCACCUUCAGUGAGGACACAGUCACUCCGACCACGGCCAACCCUCAUGGCCUGGAGCUUCUCCCCCUCCUUCGGCUGCUCUCCCUAGUCGUUUGUUCCCCUCUUCCUUUCGUCCUUUCGCUCUUCACCCUUUCCCUGCUCCUCUGUUUCCUGUCUCUCCUCCUAUCCCACCCUCAGUCUGGUGGGUUUUUUUUUACGUUUCAGUCACAGCGUUUGACUGCUGUUGCCACCGGAGGAUUUAUAAAGCCUGUGUUUUGCAGUGUGUUUGCCCUUUCGGAUGCCCUGCAAGAUAAGGAACUCAGAUAGAGCAAGGCGAAAGGCAGGCGGCCAGCCAGAGUCAAGUCAGAAGGAGAAUUCAGAUCUGCAGGCGCUGAGUCACCUCCUGCAAACCCGAAACAAGGUGCUUUUCUUAUUUAUUUUAUUUUCACCAGUCUUUUUUUCCUCUUCUCUGUCACUUAUUCUCUCCUUUCUUCAUGUUUCCUCCUCUUGCUUUACCUUCAUCUUCAUUUUUUUUUUUUUCAGUUUUCUUACUUCUGCUUUCCAAUUUUUUUCUGGGAUUUUGCAGGUGAGGAUGUCUUUCAGGGUGUAAUUGCCUUCCGCUGGGCAAAAAUAAGGUAUUCACGGCACAAAUGUCACUGACUGCUGACACAACCACAGGCUACGCCCCUGAGAAAUGCUGAGGACUUUUUUUCCAGACUAGUGUCACGCACCAAUAAAGCAAAAAGCCCUUUGCUCACCUUGUCCUGCCUGGUCUGCAGCACAGAUGCUGCUGCAUUUCCAGCUGUAGUUAACCUUGUCCAGCUCCACCCCUAUUAGCAAUCCUUGAGAGCUGUGAUGUAGAGCAGUGCCCUGUUAGUGCCACUAUUUUUAGGACUAUAGGUCUGGUUUGUGGUUGUUUCAUUCCUACCACUUGCUCAGAGCAGCACGGGAUGGACAAGGGGAGAGGGGCUGGAGAGGGAAAGGUAAAUAUGGUAUUAACCCUCCCACUGAUAGUCUGGAGCUGUUAGGAAGCUCUUCCACCCACAGUGUCUGUUGGAGCAGUUGCAGAUCUGCUCUCCAUUACCCUCAGCUUUCCAUGUGCCCUGGGGAGAGGUUUUGGCCCGUAGCCCACCACCACCUUCCCACCUUCCAGGCGGGAUGUGGUGCCACCCCAGACCCAGGCAGGGAGCACAGCUUGGAGCCAGCCCCACCAGCUGCUCCUGCCAGUGCUCCAGGCUCUUCCUACAAGGCUUCCCGUAGAGCAGGUGCAGCACCUUCCAGAAAAUAUCAGAUUAGUCCCAGUAAUGCCAAACUCAGAAGGUGUGUCGUCCUGGCAGAGCAGACUGCUGCACUCUGGGGAGUGGGCUGCCCUCCUGUCCCAACCAGGGACCCCCCUGAGAGCCAGAAGCUUAUGGCCACACUGAGGACCCACCAGGGACCUCAGACCUGCCAAACCUCCAUCCCAUGAGUGACGGUCAUAUGGUGAGCAAGCUGCAUACCCUUUUGUUGUAUGGAUGGCGGAGAUUGUUCUCCACCGUGACUCACAGGAGAAUGCAAUACAAUCGCAAUACAGCCACUUUCAAAAACAAAGUGUUGUCACUCCCUACAGCAAGUAGGUAAGAAACCAAGCCCCCAGAGGGGCUGGCAACAAAUGCUUCCUCCCAAGUCCGUUCUGUGUGUAUCUACAUGUAAUACGAGGUUUGUAAAGUCAUAUUAGUAUGUGUAGAUUAUAUAUAACUCUGCAUACUUAUAUGGUGAUUUCUUAUGGCAUUGACUGUUGCACCAUGUUAAAUACAUUUUGUUUUGGUUUGAUGA